AUGCUGAUUCCCUCUCUCCCUUCGAAGGGGUUCCGUGAGGCCUUUAUUGAUGCCUUGAAUGUCUGGCUGGCUCUUCCGGACAGCUCUCUGCAAACUAUUAAAUUAAUAUCACAGAAACUACAUACUUGUUCACUGAUGCUGGAUGAUAUCGAGGAUUCCUCACCGCUUCGCCGUGGCAAGCCAGCCACUCACACAGUAUUCGGCCCGGCUUCCACUAUAAACUCUGCAAACUGGAUCUUGAUUGACGUGAUGGGUGAUGUGCAGGAGCUUCAAACCCCUCAAUGCAUGGAUAUAGUCAUAGAGGAGCUUCGCAAUCUGUUCGUUGGCCAGAGCUUUGACUUGUACUGGACACAACAGGGCGAAUGUCCCACUGAGGAAGAAUAUCUUGAGAUGGUCAGCCAGAAGACUGGUGGCCUGUUUAAUUUGCUCGCGCGGCUGAUGAAGCAAUGUACCCAGUCGCUGCAUCUCAGAGCCAUAUCCCUUGAUUUUGUUUCUUUGCUUGGCCAAUACUUCCAGAUUCGUGAUGAUUAUAUGAAUUUGAUUGACGACGUGUACACGGAAGGAAAAGGUUUCUGUGAAGACCUCGACGAAGGGAAAUUUUCUUUCCCGAUUGUUCACGCCUGGCAUUGCACACCGCCAGACCUUGUCAUGCGCGGUAUAAUCCGAGAAGGAAAGGCCUCUGGUUCCCUUUCUGUCCCUCAUAAGAAAAUGAUUCUGAGUCAUUUGCAUGAAGCGGGGAGUAUGGAAUAUACCCUCCAAGCUAUGAAAAAGCUGCAGAUUCGUAUCAACAAUGACCUCGAGCAUGUUGAGAAGGAGGCUGGUUGCGAGAAUUGGGUCAUGAGGCUGUUGGUUCAUAAGUUGUUCGUAUGA